CCCCAACAUGGCGGCGGCCCCUGCGCUAAGCGGGUUCUGAGCGCUGCGGAGAUCCCUUCGGUGCCGCCGUCUACCUCAGCGCCGGAGCUCCCGCCCGCUCCCGCCGCUGGCCGCCCCGCUCCCCCCCCCGUGCGGGGUGAGUCGGGCCGGGUGCCGGUGCCGCCGGGAGCGCCGGACGCCCCGGCUGACGAGCGGUUCCUACCCGGGGUUGAGGUGCUGCCGUUGCCGCCAUGGCGCCGGUGCAGCUGGAGAGCAACCAGCUGGUGCCGGCCGGCGGGGGCCCCGUGUCAGCCCCGGCUCCGCCGGCCUCCGGGGCCGUGACAGCCGCCGCCAGUCCCGGCUACCGACUCAGCACCCUCAUCGACUUCCUUCUGCACCGGACCUACGCCGAGCUCACCGUGCUGGCCGACCUGUUACCAAGGAAGACUGAUAUGGAAAGAAAAAUAGAAAUAGUGCAGUUUGCAAGUCGCACUCGUCAACUGUUUGUUCGUUUGUUAGCCUUAGUGAAAUGGGCUAAUAAUGCUGGAAAGGUGGAGAAAUGUGCGAUGAUAUCAAGUUUUUUAGAUCAGCAAGCUAUCCUGUUUGUGGACACUGCUGAUCGUCUGGCAUCACUAGCUAGAGAUGCUCUGGUUCAUGCUCGUCUACCUAGUUUUGCUAUCCCAUAUGCCAUUGAUGUUCUGACAACUGGAUCAUACCCACGUCUGCCUACCUGCAUUAGGGAUAAAAUAAUCCCUCCUGACCCAAUAACAAAGAGUGAGAAGCAAACCACACUUCAUCAGCUAAACCAGAUUCUUCGACAUAGACUAGUGACCACAGAUCUCCCUCCACAGCUGGCAAAUCUCACAGUUGCCAAUGGGCGUGUGAAGUUCCGAGUUGAGGGUGAAUUUGAGGCCACUUUGACAGUGAUGGGUGAUGACCCAGACAUCCCCUGGCGCCUUCUCAAGCUGGAAAUUUUGGUUGAAGACAAGGAAACUGGUGAUGGUCGAGCCUUGGUUCACAGCAUGCAGAUCAACUUCAUCCAUCAGUUGGUGCAGUCACGGCUGUUUGCUGAUGAAAAGCCACUUCAGGACAUGUACAGCUGUCUGCACUCCUUCUGCUUAGCACUUCAGCUGGAAGUCUUGCAUUCACAGACACUAAUGCUGAUUCGAGAGCGCUGGGGUGACCUUGUGCAAGUGGAGCGAUAUCAUGCAGGGAAAUGUCUCUCACUCUCUGUUUGGAAUCAACAGGUGCUUGGCAGGAAAACUGGGACUGCAUCUGUUCAUAAAGUCACUAUUAAGAUUGAUGAGACUGAUGUCUCAAAACCCUUGCAAAUAUCUCAUGAGCCUCCACUGCCAGCCUGUGAUUCCAAACUGAUGGAAAGAGCCAUGAAGAUUGAUCACCUAUCAAUAGAAAAACUCCUUAUAGACAGUGUCCAUGCAAGAUCUCAUCAAAAACUCCAGGAGCUGAAAGCCAUUCUUAAGAGCUACAACAUCAAUGACAAUUCAUUCAUUGAGACGGCUCUUCCAACUCUUGUCAUCCCAAUUUUGGAACCAUGUGGUCGAUCAGAGUGCCUGCAUGUAUUUGUUGAUCUCCACUCUGGAAUGUUUCAACUGAUGCUGUAUGGUGUUGAUCAACUGACUCUUGAUGACAUAGAGAAGUCUGUUAAUGAUGAUAUGAAGCGUAUCAUUCCUUGGCUCCAGCAGCUCAAGUUCUGGCUUGGACAGCAACGUUGCAAGCAAUCUAUAAAACAUCUGCCUACAGUGAGCAGUGAAACUCUUCAGCUCGCUAAUUACACUAGCCAUCCCGUGGGAAACCUUUCCAAACACAAGUUGUUUAUCAGGCUGACUCGCCUGCCACAGUACUACAUUGUUGUAGAGAUGUUUGAAGUUCCUGGCAACCCAACAGAGCUAGAGUACAAGUACCAUUUUCUGUCUGUGAGCUAUGCUGAAGGAGAUGACAGCCCUGCUACUGCACUUUUACUACAGCAGUUCAAACCAAACAUUGAAGAGUUGGUACUAGACACAAAAAGUGGAAAACAAAUUAAAAGUGGUGUCAAGCGCAAGUUAUCUGGUGAUCCAUGUUCCAUAGAACCUAAGAAACCAAAACGGUCAGGAGAAAUGUGUGCCUUCAAUAAAGUGCUAGCUCAUAUUGUAGCCAUGUGUGAUACAAAUAUGCCAUUUAUUGGGCUUCGUAUGGAGUUAUCUAAUAUGGACAUUCCUCACCAAGGAGUACAAGUAGAAGGAGAUGGCUUCAGCCAUGCAAUACGUUUAUUAAAAAUUCCUCCCUGUAAAGGUGUGAAUGAAGAAACACAGAAGGCUCUGGACCGAUCUCUUCUUGAUUGCACUUUCCGAUUACAAGGUAGAAAUAAUCGCACAUGGGUGGCUGAGCUGGUGUUUGCAAACUGUCCACUUAAUAGCACUUCAUCCAGAGAGCAAGGACCAACACGUCAUGUUUACCUGACAUAUGAAAACCAGUUAUCUGAACCAGUUGGAGGUCGCAAAGUGGUUGAGAUGUUCCUUAAUGACUGGAACAGUAUUGCUCGGCUGUAUGAAUGUGUCCUGGAGUUUGCACGAUCUUUACCCGACAUACCCAACCACUUAAACAUUUUUUCGGAAGUUCGUAUCUACAAUUACCGAAAACUUAUCCUUUGUUAUGGAACUACCAAGGGAAGCUCAAUCAGCAUUCAGUGGAACUCCAUGCUCCAGAAGUUCCACAUUUCACUGGGAACUGUUGGCCCAAACUCAGGUUGCAGUAAUUGUCACAACACAAUUCUGCACCAGCUCCAGGACAUGUUUAAUAAAACACCAAAUGUGGUGCAGUUGUUACAGGUUUUGUUUGACACUCAGGCUCCAUUAAAUGCCAUCAACAAACUUCCAACAGUGCCCAUGCUGGGUCUGACUCAACGCACCAACACUGCCUAUCAGUGUUUCUCAAUUCUGCCCCAGUCACCCACACACAUCAGGCUGGCGUUCAGGAACAUGUACUGCAUCGACAUCUACUGCCGGAGCCGUGGUGUUGUAGCCAUACGUGAUGGGGCCUACAGUCUCUUUGACAACAGCAAAAUUGUUGAAGGUUUUUACCCUGCACCUGGAUUGAAGACGUUCCUGAACAUGUUUGUGGAUAGCAAUCAGGAUGCACGAAGACGGUCUGUAAAUGAAGAUGAUAACCCACCUUCUCCUAUUGGAGGAGACAUGAUGGAUUCUUUGAUAUCACAGCUUCAACCCCAGCAGCCACCACAGCAACCACAACAACAGCCAUUUGCAAAACAAGCAGGAGCAUCAGGAGCAUAUCCUCUUACUUCGCCACCCACCUCCUAUCACAACACAGUGACACCAUCUCCAUCUAUGAUGCACACACAGUCACCAGGAAAUUUGCAUGCUGCAAACUCACCCAGCGGAGCUUUAAGAGCACCAUCACCAGCAUCCUUUGGUCCAACUCCUUCACCUUCCUCCCUUGGAAUCACAAUGGGACAAACAGCUAACUUUGCCAGCCCACAUGGUACCAUAGACCCAAGCUCACCAUACACCAUGAUGUCACCCAGUCAACGUGCAGGGAACUGGCCAGGAUCUCCCCAGGUCUCUGGUCCAUCACCAGCAGCACGAAUGCCUGGAAUGUCACCAGCCAACCCUUCCCUUCAUUCACCUGUCCCAGAUGCCUCUCAUUCCCCACGAGCUGGAACAAGUUCCCAAGCAAUGCCAACUAGCAUGCCUCCGCCUCGUAAACUACCUCAGCGCUCUUGGGCUGCAUCCAUACCUACAAUCCUCACCCACAGUGCCUUGAAUAUUCUGCUGUUGCCCUCUCCUACCCCUGGGCUUGUGCCAGGACUAGCUGGCAGCUACCUUUGCUCUCCUCUUGAGAGAUUCCUUGGAUCAGUUAUUAUGAGGAGGCAUCUUCAGAGGAUCAUACAACAGGAAACGCUACAGUUAAUAAACUCCAAUGAACCAGGUGUAAUUAUGUUUAAGACAGAAGCACUGAAGUGCAGGGUUGCUCUCAAUCCCAAAACCAACCAGACCUUGCAACUGAAAGUAACACCUGAAAAUACAGGACAGUGGAAAUCGGAGGAGUUACAAGUUUUGGAGAAGUUCUUUGAAACAAGAGUUGCGGGACCACCUUUUAAAGCAAAUACCCUAAUAGCCUUCACAAAAUUACUAGGGGCUCCAACACAUAUCCUCAGGGACUGCGUACACAUCAUGAAACUUGAGCUGUUCCCUGAUCAGGCAAGUCAGCUGAAAUGGAAUGUGCAGUUUUGUUUAACCAUUCCUCCCAGUGCACCGCCAAUUGCACCUCCAGGAACACCUGCUGUUGUACUGAAAUCCAAAAUGUUGUUUUUUCUUCAGUUAACACAGAAAACAACUGUCCCACAGGAAGCUGUUAGUAUUAUUGUCCCAAUUAUUUAUGAUAUGGCUUCGGGUACAACACAACAGGCUGACAUUCCCAGGCAGCAGAACUCUUCUGUUGCUGCUCCAAUGAUGGUUAGCAAUAUUCUAAAGAGGUUUGCUGAACUGAAUUCACCACGACCAGGUGAAUGCACAAUAUUUGCAGCCGUUCGUGAUUUGAUGGUUAAUCUUACGCUGCCCCCUGGUGGGCGUCCCUAGACACUUUUAAAAGAAGGCUGAAAAUGAGACAAAACAGCAAAAAAAUAAUAAUAAUAAAAAAAAAUUUUUUUAAAAAGUUAAGCCUUCGGUUAAAAGAGGACGUUUUAAUUUUACUUUUUUUUUUUUUUUCCUAAGAGCUAACUAUAAUAAACUGGCAAACUUUCAGGGAUGCACUUUCAUCAAAUGAGUAUCACCACGACUUUUGUAUAGUGCUGUUGUAUAGUGUGUUUUAAUGGGAGACACUUCAGACUAGGUAAUAGAAUGAAGUAUCAGCUUGCUGGUAAUAGAUUUAAUAUUCUGUUUUAUACUAUAAAGAUUAUGAAAAUGCCAAACUUGUUUGUUUUUCUGUUUUUCUUAUGUUUUGGUGUAAUAGUCUUUUUUUAAGGCAGGUCUGUCAUUUUUGAAUACUGUAAAACUGUGACAAACUUUAUAUUGAAGCUGUAUUUUAAUAUGACUGCUUUGAAUCCUUAAACAAUUUAUUUGGGCUUGUUGUAAACAUGUCCCCAAAAAGCAAUAUUUAAUAAACUGGAUUAAAAAAUCUU